UGCAAUCGAGUUACAAUGAAAAUGGACGUCAGCUACACCGACCAUUCGCACAUUAUUGGGAAAGGAGGCUUAAGCAUAAAGCGCGUGAUGGAAGAAACCAAGUGCCACGUUCAUUUCCCGGACUCAAACCGUUCCAACUCCAACGAGAAAAGCAACCAAGUGUCCAUUUCCGGCGACAUCAAGGGAGUGGAAUUGGCCCGAUCACGCGUUAGAGAAUUAACACCGCUGAUCUUCGGCUUCGAGUUGCCGAUUAUGUCGCAGAACGUCGACUUGAACUCUGCCUACAUCGUGAAAAUCCAAGAACAGUACAAAGUGCAUGUGAUGUUCAAAACGCGACCGAAACUGCACGCCACCUUGGUGCUGGUCAAAGGAGUGGAAUGGGAGGUUCACCAGGUGAAACAAGCCACUCUACUCCUCAUGGAGUACAUGUGCGAAAACCUAGCGAAUCAAAUUCCCGUUCAAAUGUCCAUGGAGAUUUCGCCCCAUCAUCAUCCCACUGUGCUGGGCAAGAACCAUUCGAACCUCAAAGCCAUCAUGCAGCACACCAAUUGUCAGAUCAUGUUUCCGGAUGCACAAGACCCGAAUAUUCCCAACUUGAAGAGGAGCAAAGUGACCAUCACGGGCAGUAUUCAUAACAUUUACAACGCUAGGGAGUUGCUGCUGGGCAGUCUGCCUCUGAUCAUUAUUUUUGACUUACCGGAUGACUCGACUGAGCAAAACUUAAAAGCCGAGCAGAUAACGGAAAUUCAAACUGCUGUUGACGUAACAAUCAAUAUAAAGCAAAAAGCGAACAAAACGACCAAAGCUUGCGUGAUCAAAGGCGUGGAGAAAUGCGCAAUAACUGGAGCGAUUUACCCUCAAUGCUGACUGCCAUGAAGCUAGACCAUUAUAUUCCUGUCUUUAACCAGCACGAAAUUGACUUGGGCAUAUUUUCCACAUUGAAUGACCGAGAUUUGAUCCAUAUUGGGAUUACUGCCUUUGGGGCUCGAAAGAAGAUACUGCUGGCAAUAUCUGAACUGAAAAAAGCAAAUUCGACAUUUUCGGCUGCACCAGGAGCUGAACGAAAAAACAGCAGUUCACGUUCGCACUCAAAUCAAAACAGUCCAACUUGGUAGACGGAAGUGGCUACCAGAAACGAAUUUGUUGGAUUAGCAAUUGUUGCCUGUCGUAGUUCUAGUUGAUUUAUUGCAAUAUUUAUUUAUUUAUUUCCCAGAUAAUUAUUAAACUAUUUAUAAUUUUACCUCAAUUAUCAGUAGGAAGACCCAUCUGGCUUUCUACCCAACGCUUUUAUGAUUGAUGUUUUAGUGUGAGAGGUAGGUAGAGGGUAUUGCGAUGUACAGGGCAUGAAACUUGAAAGUGUACAACUGAUUUUAAUUGCAAUUUUUUAAGCCUUUAAAUUGGUGAGUUUUACUGGUAGGUCUGAAACUAGACACUUUCUAAGAAUGACAAUCAAAUUAAAUCGAUAUUUUUUUACUCUAACUGCUUUUGGAUUCGACAAUAUUUAAGAAUGUCCUGCCCUGUAUGUAAUGAAGAUUGCCUUAUCCAUUCUAUUCCAUUUGCCAUGACUGUUUGGGCCAGCUCAAAGGAAAGCAUCCAGACUGGAUGCUUUGCUUUAGAUUUGCUCCAUCAUCUCGCAAUGGAAUAGGUUGGAUUUUUAACUUGUUGUGAUUUUGUCAGUUCUGUUUACACUGUGUAACGAUUACGUAUAUUUUUACAAUGAAAUAUGUGAUAUUUUACCUGCUAAAUCUAUAUGCAUUGUCCAGUUUUACACAACUAGAUUGUUCAUUCAUUUUUAGUCGACAAAAGUUUUAAUUUCUCCAUCUUGUUCUGAUUCUUAUUAUGUUUAUAACUUUGUUUAACACGUUGAUUUAUUCGCUUUUUUGCGCCGGAAAUUAAAACUUUUGUACCCAUCUUACGAUGCUAAAAUUAUAUAGAUAUAUUUUCGAAUAAUAUUACUGCUUUUGCUAUUUGAAAUAUUUAUUAUACUGAUAGUUCUAUUUGCACAAAAUACAUUUAACGAUUUUCCGAUA